ACCCCUUUAACCAGUAUACAACAUGCUACUCAGACGCAUACCCCUCCAAUCGAUCUUCGAAACCCUCCGCUUAAACCCAGCACCACUCUCAACCCUGAGUAAACCCCAAAAAAGCCUCCCAGCCGCCUACUACCGCGGCGGAACCUCGCGAGCCGUAAUCUUCAAAAGAGAAGACCUGCCCACCGACCGCUCAGCAUGGGAUGACAUCUUCCGCCGCGUAAUCGGCAGCCCGGAUCCAAACGGCCGUCAACUCGACGGCCUCGGCGGUGGCAUCUCAAGCUUAUCAAAGAUAUGCGUAGUGGGCAAAUCAACGCACCUCGAUGUCGACAUCGACUACACAUUCAUAUCCCUAGGCGUCAAAAAUGCACACGUCGACUACUCCAGCAACUGUGGGAACAUGAUUAGUGCCAUCGGGCCCUUUGCGGUCGAUUCGAGGUUAUUCCCCGUCCGCUCUAACGGACCCGAGGACGUCGAAUUGCGCAUCCUAAACACUAACACGGGCAAAGUCAUCCGAUCCCGAUUCCCCGUUGUAGACGGCGAAGCGGCCGCAUCGGGGGAUUUCGCGAUCGAUGGUGUUGCGGGCACGGCUGCCAAGAUCCAGCUGGAUUUCUUAGAUCCCGCGGGCUCGAAGACGGGGCAGUUGUUUCCGACUGGGAAGGUGGUGGAUGAGUUUGAUGGGAUCCGGACGACGUGUAUUGAUGUUAGUAAUCCGUGUUGUUUUGUUCUUGCGUCGGAGAUGGGCGUGGAGGGGAAUAUCACGCCCGAGGAGAUCGAUGCGCAUCCGACGCUUUUGGCUCGGUUGGAUUCAAUACGGAGACAGGCGGGUGUUGCGAUGGGAAUUGCCGACUCUCCUGAAGAUGUGCCGGGGAGUGUGCCUAAGAUUGGCGUUGUUUCUUCUCCGGUGCCGAAUACGCGGGCUUCGGAGCAGGGGCAGACGGGGGCAGACGUGGAUAUUCUUGUGAGGGCGCUUUCGGUGGGUCAGCCGCAUAAGGCCGUGCCUAUAACGGUUGCGCUGGCGUUGGCUGCUGCUGCGCGGGUGCCGGAAAGUCUUGUGGCUGGAGUGACGAGCGAGAAGCCUGUUGAUCCGGCUGGAAUUACGCUGGGUCAUGCUAGUGGGAAGUUGGUUGUUGGGGCUCAGUUUGAGGAAGAUGGGAGCUUGGGUCAUGCGACGGUUUUUAGAACUGCGAGGAGGUUGAUGGAGGGGAAGGUGUUUUGGAAGUGCUAGACCGUGCCACCGGGCCUAGCUGUAUGGGGUAGAUUGUUUCAUAUGUAUACUGGAAUUAGUCUGGAUUAUGUUUAUGGACUGCAGUUGCAUCGAAGAAGAGAUGUCUUUCUAGUUCUAGACUCAAUGUGUACUAUAAAACCAUUGCAUAUCAAGG